AUGUCCAGCAAGUUCUUGCUCCCGCUCCUGGGGUUCUGGCUGCUGUUAAACCAGCCUUGCAGGGCACGGGUCUCGGAAGAGUGGCUGAACGAAGUCAUUAAGGUGUGUGACCGUACAUAUGUCCGAACCGUAAUCGAAAUCUGUGGGACCUCACUGAUAGUGGACCGGAAGGAGCCAGCUCGGCGACAAAGGUCAAUAACAGGAGCUCAAGGUACAAUGCACUGCGGGGCGCGUCUGCCCUUACCAGAGCUGCAGCAGCAUGCCACCACCACUGAACAAUUCAGCUGGCAGCCUGGAAGGCUUGAGAAAGGUUCCAAUAAGACACAAGGUGAAGCAGAAGCCAGCGGUCCUCCAGAAACCAACGCCUUUGCCCUUGGAUACUCUGCACGGAGGAAGAGGCAGUCCCGUGUAUGGCUGAGUUAUCAAUGUUGCCACUUUGGUUGUCCCAGAAGAGCUAUCGCUCAGUACUGCUGA